CCGUAUUUCCUAGUUCAGUGUUAGUUGGUGUGAGUUCGAGGUGUGGUUCAGGCAAACAUGAGCGACAGUCUGGAGUUCAACACCGUCCUUAUGGACAUUUCCAACCAGCUGACCGCGGAGGAGCUGGAGAAGUUAAAAUACCUCUGCGACAAAGACAUCGGGAAGAGGGACCUGGAGAAGUCCACCACCGGCCUGAAGCUGUUCCAGCUGCUGAAGCACAGAAACAAGCUGGGCCCCGGAAACACCGACUACCUGUCCGACAGACUGGGACGCAUCCACAGACAGGACCUGAGAGACAAGCUGGAGGGAAUAGACGGACAAACUGAGAACCAACCGGACGAGGCGGAAAGAGCCAGACUGAAUGUUGCCACAGAAGUAAUCGCAGAAAAUCUUGGAAAGUCUUGGCGUAAACUGGGACGCAAACUGGGUCUGAGUGAGGUCAAGCUGGACUCCAUCAAUGCGAAACAUCAAUUUGACCUGGAGGAGAUAACCGUGGAGAUGCUGAAGGAGUGGAGGAAGAGCCAGGGGGCCAGGGCCCGGGUGGAGGACCUGACCAAGGCCCUGAGGGACUGCCAGCUCAAACUCACAGCCGAAAAGGUGGAGGCCAGACUCGAAACACCACCAAACUGACUGAUCAAACUGUCCUCAUAUGAAUGUUCAGCUGGGCUCGAUGGGAUUCCCAAGGGUUUACGUUUUUAGUUUCUUUGAAAUUUGUCAUGUUAAAUUUUUUUAUGUGAACAGAGGUACAGACAGGGGCCUGAUGAUACUCUGAUUUAUCAGCUGAUCAUUUAGGAGCAAAUUAGACCUGUAAGGUGUCACCUGCCUAUCCUCCAGAAACACAAAGACAUUGAUAUAUAAAGGCUAUAAAAGUCAUUUCUGCACUUUAAAAGAGAAAAGUAAUUUUGCAUUAUAUGUCUGUGUAAGCUGUAUAUGUAUUAAAAAUCAACAAAAUGGUGCCUUUUUGUAAUGCAGGUGCAGAUCAAACUAUGAAUCACAGUAUCUCAUGGCCUAUUGGCUGGUGAGCUAAAAAUGCCGUGUAUAUAAAUGUAAGAUGUAUUUGUACUGUAAAUCAAAGAAUUAAAGCACAAGUUGAUUUAUACAAACAUAUGUAAGAAAAUAAAAUGUGACGUGAUUUGAAA